AUGGCUCACACACAACUCAUACUUUUUUGGGUCUGUAUUCUUGGCUCUACUAAUGCCUUGUACAAGCGAUGGAUUCCAGACACCAACUUUGAAAAUGCAACAAACUGGGUUGGCGGUGUGGUGCCAUGUGGAAACGACUAUGUGCAGUUUCCAGCCCAAAGAAAAGUGUCUGUAUAUGUGAGUACUGCGCACACUGCGUCUGGGAUGUACUUGCCAGUGGACGGGGAGUUGAUUUUGGCCUCAGGAGCUGGCUUUGCUGUCGGAAAUGGUCAGGAUCCUGGUUGCGGAACAGGUGCCACGGUCACCUUCAAAGACUCUGAUUCUCUGCAAUGGUUUGAUCCGGCUUUGUGGCAGUCAGCCUCCUCUUCUGAUGACCUGGAGAAAGGCAGCUUUCUCUUCUCGGUCCACGAAGACAGCGUUCCUUGCCAUUUUGAUGAUGUGGUAUUCCGUGAAGGCUCGUCAUUUCGAGUGGACAUUUCAUCUGAUCAGAAGAUUGUUCCGGUAAAGAGUGUGUCUAUUAUGGGUAAGAAAUUCAGAAGCAACUCUGAGUUCACCCAGUACCUAUCCUCCCACUCUGGCCAGCUACAGUUUCAUGGUUCCUCGUCACUUAAUGUUAUGGGCUCAACAUGCAAUGACUUGACUGGCUGUGAGUGUGGAAACUCUGCCAACCAUGACAGGAUCUGUCAACAUGUGACAUGUCCCCAUUUGGAAUGUCACAAACCCCUGAGCCCCACGGGUCACUGCUGUCAGAUUUGUGGUGCCAUCAUUAACAUCAAAUACUCUGAGAGCUUCAAUCUCGAAACAUACUGUCAACGACUGCAACACGUAUUCCUUGGACUGUCCAAGUACCACCUUAUUCAGCUAGGCCUCUCUAAAGUGUCUCAGACCCAAAGAUUACUGGGGAUAAUGCCUUUCGGAACAGUCUCAAAAAUCCAGGUGACAAUCCUGGAUCAGGGCACAGGUUCAAACAGUGGAAAAUUGGCAGCAGAACUUGCACGUGAUAUAAUGAAUGAUGCAAAGGCCAACGGGGCUCAUCUUGGCAUAGAGGAGACGGAGAUCCAGGCAUCGUCAGACAGCAGUGGCAAUUCCGGAGUGAUAGCCGGAGCAGUGGUGGGGAGCUUGUUAGUGGUGAUUUGCAUGGUUCUUUUUGGGUUCCUCCUCAGACGGGGCAUUAUCAGGGUACCCAGCAUACCUUCUUUGAGUACUUGGAAGAGAAAUAGUUUGGUUGGAGAGCUGGGUGGCCCUCUGGACCGUGGCUUCGACAACCCCAUGUUUGAUAAGCCAAAUAUGAUGCCUGAGAUCCCUGAGCUGUAUGGGACUGACAGUAUGAACUCUAUCACCAUGACACAAUCGGGUGUACACUUUGUAAACCCUGCAUAUGAUGAAACUGAAUUCCAAGCUUAA